UAGCCUGGGCCAAAUUACCCGACCAAUUCGGCCAUUCCCAGUUGCCCUAAGAACAAGGCGAAGAAGUAGCGCACCACCAAUGGCGACUCCCGGGGAUGGCGAGGACGCGCCGCCGCCGCCGCCGGUGGACGCGGCGGGGGCUGGAGGCAGCUUGAUCGCGAAGGUGCGGGAGCAAUGGAGGAGCACGAAAGAGCACGCGGAGACGUACCCGUACGUGUGGGGCUCCUACAUCCUCGUCUACGGCGGCCUCGGCGCGUACAUCACCUGGCGAUGGUGCAAGCUCCGCCGCACCGAGGACCGCGUCCGCGCCCUCCAGGCCCGCCUCCGCCAGCUCGCCGCGGCCGAGGAGUCGCAGGCCGCUUCCACUCCUCCUACCCCAUCUCCUCCCCUGCCGCCGCCGCCGACUGGGCCGGGCAAGCCCGCCUCCGCGCCGUGAAGAGUAAGGCCCCUUAGGCAACUUCUUGACUUGAAAUGUUACAAGUUACAGAACAAUCCCUGCAUCGUUCGAGAUCGAGGCAUUCCUUGCCUCUGUUUACUCUGUGAUCCUGGACCUAAAGAAAUGGUGGGAUCUCGCCCCCAAAAAAGUUGGAAGGCAGAAUUCUGUGUUCAUACUGGAGACCAUUCUGGAGAAGGUUUUAAUUGUUGUUAUUAAUGUAUGUUUACCCUUCCCGCUA